CAAAGUUGAGAGCUCGCCUCUGACAACAUGCAUUCACCAGAGCAUGCCCGAGGUGUCUUCUUCCUUCCAGCUGAAAUGACAGCCUUCUCGUAAGUUGUUUGGACAUCUUCCUGUCCCCGAGAGCCCAUCGAGCUGACUUUGGAUGACAUUUGAGGGGUCUUCACGCCUCUGAGCAGGAACCGGUCAAGGAGCGAGCGUUUGCGAUGUCUUCGGACCAGGAAAGGAUCAGGGAGCGCAUUAAGGAGCUCCUAAGAAAACCUGGGAAUGGAAACUGUGCCGACUGCGAAGUUGCAGACCCAGAAUGGGCAUCCUACACCCUGGGGGUGUUUGUGUGUCACAGUUGCUCAGGUCUCCAUAGAAACAUUGCUCAGAUCAGCAAGGUAAAGUCCCUACUGCUGGAUCCCUGGAGCUACUCUGAGUUAGAGUUUAUAGAUUCUGUGGGGAACAAUGCUGCAAAGGCCAAAUAUGAACAGAUAGUACCUGCCUUCUAUUAUCGACCCACCUCUAAAGAUUGCAUGCUCCUACGGGACCAGUGGAUCCGAGCCAAGUACGAGAGGAAGGAGUUUAUGUGCGUAGAGAGGCAGGAGCCCUACUCUGCAGGCUACAGAGAAGGAUCCUUAUGGAAGAGAGGAAGAGACAACGGCCAGUACCUCAGUCGAAAAUUUAUCCUGACGGAACGUGAAGGUGUCCUGAAAUACUUCAACAAGCACGAUGCCAGGGAGCCCAAAGCGAUCAUGAAGCUCAGCACAGUGAAUGCCACUUUUCAGCCAUCUAAAACUGGCAUUUCUCAUGGGCUGCAGAUCACCUACUUGAAGGACAACAGCACCAGAAAUAUCUUUGUUUAUCACGAGGACGGCAAGGAAAUUGUUGACUGGUUCAAUGCAAUCAGAGGUGCAAGAUAUCACUACCUGCAGGUGGCAUUUCCUGGUGCUCCAAACUCUGAGUUGUUACCAAAGCUGACCAGGAACUACAUAAAGGAGGGUUACAUGGAGAAGACCGGACCAAAGCACACUGAAGGCUUCAAGAAGAGGUGGUUUACGAUGGAUGACAGGAGGCUCAUGUACUUCAAGGAUCCGCUGGAUGCCUAUGCUCGAGGUGAGGUUUUCAUCGGCAGCAAAGAAAACAGUUACACUGUCCUUCCUGGCCUCCCUGCCAACGUUCAGGGGACCCACUGGCCGUUUGGAAUCACCAUAGUGACUCCAGACAGGAAGUUUCUUUUCGCCUGUGAGACUGCAGAGGAUCAGAAAGCCUGGAUGGCAGCAUUUCAGAUUGUCAUCAGUCGACCGAUGCUGCCACAGGAGUACGCCGUGGAAGCUUAUUUUAAACACAAACCAUGAUUGUGCUUCUGCUUGAAGUGCAUCUCACAGCGGAGGCUUGCACAAAGCCUUGUGUUUGAUGCAAAGACGAACGGCAUUUGACAGCUCCUCCUCUUCAUUAACAACAGGAGCCAGACUCAUUUUCCCUGAAAAAGUCCAUCACUCCACAACUGCCAGAUGCCACGACAUGUAUAAUAUGCUACGUACAAACUUAAAAUGGGACAAAACUGCUGGUGCUUGCAUGUGAGGAAACAUCAGUAUCUAAUUUUCUCAGUUACAUUCGAGAAUAAUCAAUACUGCAACUACUGGUCCUUGCUGCAAAUAAAUGACAUUUGGACCAUUUAACAGGAAUAUAAAGACUGAGAGUAUAACAUAGUACAAGACUAACGAUGUAUAGUCUCACAUAUGGAUGCUAUUUUGAAUUACUGUACAUGUAUGAGUGCAAUUGUAUUUAAUAAUUUAUUUUUUAAUUGUAGGCUAUAUGUGUACAAUACUUCUAGGAUUGUAUUACAAGCACUGAUUUGCUAUUUUAUUCUCAGUUUCUGCAUUAAGCAGCUUCAUGAUAAAUCCAAGUUUAACAUGUUAGUGGGUGACAUGUUAUUUAAUUUACGUCCAGCAGAGGGUGACAAAAUAACAUUUUUUUUAAACAAAACUCAAGUCUUUUCUAAAAUCUCCAGUGACUCAUUAAUUUUGCCUUCAGGGCUCCAUCCGAAAUAAUUUGCCUGAACCGUGAAUAAAAAGGCAAAGUAAUGUUUUAUGAUGACCUAUGGUUUCUAUAAAGAUGUAUUAACACACUUUUAAUAUCAGUAAUAAUAUUAUUAUUAUGGUGCCAAAAACUAUCCGUAUGAACAUGCAGCACAGAAAGAUGUUCAGAAUAAGACUCAUGUGAUGAGAAGAAUACAAACAGGAAUGUUUUUUUUUUUUAAAGUAAUACACCUUUUUGUCUUUUCCAAAGAAUAGAUUUUAUUGUAACAGCUACAAACAACAAGUUCAAAUGUUCUUAAGAAAAACAAGGCAUGAUAUAUCAUACUUAUAUUUAUUCAUAUUGUAGCGCUGAAAAAUAAAAUAUGAAGCAGCCUGCAGUUUUCAUAUAUGACAAAUAUCACAACAGAACAUACAUUUACACAGACUUCUAAUUGGGGAUGACGCUGAUCCUCAUUUUUGUUGUCUCCAACUCUGAUGUGAAAUAUUUAGGAUUAUAUCUUACUCAUACAGAGUCUGAUCAUUCAUAAAGCGUACAUUUUCUUUUCAUUUUUCUUCAUAGCAACAGCUGUUUUGGUUCAUCUUGACACUUUGCAGGACAUUAUCAGCAUGCGCCCUCAACACAUUAAAAAACAAACCUCCCAACAACAUGUUAUCUAAGAUGUGACUGAAUGUAUUUAUAAUUCUUGUUAAAGACAACUUGUCCUCUCUGAUCUUGUAACAAAGUUGUUUCUAAUCUAAAGUCAGCUCUGUGUUGAUUUGACUUGCUGAUAAUUUGCCUUAAAAGAUAUUUCACUUUGAACUCCAAAACUUGUAGAAAAGGAGGUUUUAAUGCUAUAUACACUUGGUGCUUUGCUUUUAACGUCAUCAGAUUUAAUGAGAAGUGUUUCAGCCGAUUUCUGUACGCGUCUUUCUUCCUUACACUCAGAGCCAUUUGGGAGUUUCCAAGCAUGUCCGACAAAACCACGGACAGUAAAUCAACAACAGGUGAUGGAGGUUUAGUUCCUUUAGGGUCUUGGAUCAGCACAUCCCUGUUUCUAAUACAACAUGUAAGAUAACACCACAGAAAGUGCCUUUAAGGUACUAUUAAGCUUUACUAUAAUUAUUUAAAUAUGGAAAACAUAGGUAUUUACAACAAACAUUCUUGAUAUAUUUUAACACCUAUAAUAGUAUUUAAACAUUACAUUUUCUUAAUCCAUUCAUUUCCUGUCUCUGCUGAAUUUCAUUGCCACGGCAAAGCAGGUGCCUUUCUCAAAUGGUCAUCAGGCGACUGAUGGGUUACAUCCUGGACGAGACGUCGUCAAAUCACAGAGCCAACACUUAUGAAAAGUCAGACAAACAAUUGUUCACUCACACACUCACUCACACACUCACUUUCUGGGUGAUUUAAGUCAACCAUGGCAUGCAUGAUUCUGGACUGUGGGAGGAAUACCGUAGUACCCGGAGAGGACCCACGCAUGCACAGGGAGAACAUGCAAACUCCACACAGAAAGAUGUCAGCUAAAAUUUCCAAGUUCAAGAUGCUCUUGCUGUGAGGCAACAGAUCUAACCACUACCCACAGUGCUACCCCAAUUAGGCUGAAGAUAAAAAAAAAAAAUACAUUAGAUAAUAACAAAUAGAAGUUAACAGCGCAAGAUAAACAUUUGUACACAGGAAUUUUCAAACUCUUCUCAUCAGUAACUUUGUACCAAAAAUAGCAACAACAGUUUGCUUUUUACUGUGUGAUGAAAGGAUGCAUAUCCCCAAAUAUUCACCCAUGAAUCACCAAAAUAUUCUGAAUUAGUGCUGGUAAGUCAACCCGACCCCCCGGAGCCUGCUGAAAGACAUCUAUGGUCACUGAAACAUGUACACAAGAAACAUCAAAACAACUAGAUUUAAUAAUCCACAGCAUUCUAACA